AUGGCAGAUUUGAGGAAGUUAAAGGCCAUACGUGCUCAAAUCAAAGGUCAGGUAACAAGAUUAAACAAUUUUUUGGUGGCUAAUCGAGACAUAACCGGAGAGCAAGCGCAAGCACGUCUGGAUAAGUUACACGAGUUAUGGUUAGCAUUUGAUGAAAAUCAGACACAAAUUGAGGUGAUGAAAGCAGAAAAUGAAGAAAAAUUGGAAGAAAUAGCACAACAAGAAGCCGGAGAAAGAGAAGUGUUCGAACAGGUAUAUUACAGAGCAAUGGAUGAAGCACGCUCGAUUAUAGCAGCAGCUCAACCGGCGACACGAACAGCGGCUCAAAUGCUAGAAACUGGAUCACAAGGUAACGCCGAUAUAAAAUUGCCUACAUUGAAACUGCCUACAUUUGCAGGAGAAUAUGAUCGGUGGAUGCUGUUCAAGGACGCGUUUCAAUCGCUGAUUCAUGGCAAUCGUAAGCUCACAGAUGUGCAAAAAUUUCAGUACUUGCGAAGUACGUUAAAAGAUGAAGCGUUAGAGGUUAUAAGCGGCUUAAAUACCUCAGCAGAAAAUUAUAUUGUGGCUUGGAACCUGCUGAAGGAUCAGUACGAGAACAAGAAGCUGAUAAUAAAUAGUCAUUUGAGCAAGUUGUUAGAAUUUCCUACAGUAGCAAAGGAUAAAUAUGUAGCCUUAAAGCAGUUUGUUAUGCAUAUUCGCAUGCAUUUAAAAGCAUUACAAGUUUUAGGACAGCCCACGGACCAAUGGGAUGCCAUCAUCAUAUUUCUGGCUAGAGGAAAGCUAGAUUAUCAAUCCCAGCGUGCAUGGGAAGAGGAGAUUAGGCAGCAAGAAUUGGAUCACAUGCCCACAAUAGAAGAAUUUCUAAAAUUCCUCAGCGAAAGAAGUCGCACUUUGGAAAUGUUAGACAGCAAUAUAGGUCGGCGCGAGGCAACCCCCAAGAAUAAUGCAGUUAAGAAGACGGAUAAGCGAAUAGCCUUGACAACGACAUCGUUGACGUGUCCAAUGUGUGAGGACUCUCACAGUCUAUUCAAUUGCGCAAGUUUUUUAAAAUUGUCACCACAGGAUAGAUUUGUAGCCGUAAAGGAAAAACAAUUAUGCAUCAAUUGCCUAAAGGCUGGUCACUAUGCACGAGAAUGUAAGUCAUCAAAAUGUCGCAAAUGUUCAAAGUUCCAUAAUACGUUACUACACAAAGAAUUCGAAGAAUCAACAAAAAAAGCAUCUCAAGAUUCGUCUUCUGGAAAAGAAGAAAGCAAAGAGCAAGCGGUGGUUAUGCACUGUGUUCAAAAAGCAGAAUAUGAAUUAAAAAAUCAAACAGAAUUGGAAUAUUCACACAAGGACUCCAUUUCACACGUUAUCUUGGCCACGGCGCAGGUAUACAUUCGUGAUAGACAAGGUCGAAGGCAAACAUGCCGUGCAUUAUUAGAUCCUGGAUCGCAAUCUCAUUUCAUCACAGAAGAGUUAGUAAAAAGGUUGCAAUUACCAUGCAAAUCUGAAUCAGCAGCGAUUAAUGGCAUAAUGCGUAAUAUUACAAACAUAGAAAGUUCAGUUAAAAUACAGAUUGAAUCUCAGAAUACAGCGUUCAAAGCGGAUUUAGACUGUUUGGUUAUCCCGGCUAUAACGGAGCAGUUACCGCAAGUUAGGUUGAACAAGAGACUAUUUGGCAUACCAGAGGAUCACAAGUUAGCAGAUCCGGCAUUCGAUAAACCAGGCCCAGUGGAUGUUUUGAUAGGAGCGGGCCUUUUCUGGAAGCUUUUAUGUAUUGGACAAAUAAGAAAAGCAAGAGGACAUCCCACUUGGCAGAAGACUCAGCUUGGAUGGAUUGUGGGAGGAGAGCUCAUCGAAGCAAAAGGUGCAGAUAAGGCGAGAUCAGUCAAUUUGUUAGUGACAAACCAGACUCUGAGCGAGCAUCUGGAGAGAUUUUGGACGCAAAAGGAAGUUCAUGAGACUAGACAGCUUAAUGCACAAGAAAUUCAUUGUCAGGAUUAUUUCAGCAAGACAACAAGGCGGGAUGCCACUGGAAGAUUUAUAGUGCGUUUACCAAGAAAUGAAGAUGUUACACUUGGUGAAUCAAAACAGCAAGCGGAAAGAAGAUUUCGUGCAUUGGAAAGGCGUUUUAGAAGACAGCCAUCGAUGAAGAAGGACUACGUCCAGUUUAUGAGAGAUUACAAGGAGCAAGGUCACAUGAGCUUGGUGUCACCAGAUGCAAUAGAGGGAAAAGAGCAGUGCUUCAUUCCCCAUCAGCCGGUGUUAAGGCCGGAUAGCAUUACAACAAAGAUUCGAGUUGUAUUUGAUGCCUCAGCUAAGACAAAUAAUGACAAGGCACUAAAUGAUUUGCUUCUGGCUGGACCUAAUCUGCAAGUAGACUUGCUGCACAUACUGCUGAGGUUUCGUACAUAUGAAUAUGUCAUCAAUGGCGACAUUGCUAUGAUGUUUAGACAGAUAUUGGUAGCGGAAGAAGACCGCAGUUUACAAUUAGUUUUGUGGAGAGAAAAUGAGGAAGAUUUACUGGAAACCUUCUCACUGAAUACUGUUACGUACGGAACUACGUGCGCCCCUUAUUUGGCUAUGCGCUGUUUAAAGCAACUGGCAAUAGAAGAGGGUGAUCAAUUCCCACUAGCUCAGAAGGAGCUGCUCACAAAUUUCUACAUGGACGACGUUCUAACUGGAAGGGAUGAUCUUGAAGAAGCAAUCCAAUUACAAAG